CACAACCCCAAUCCGCGACGUUGGCGGCCUACGAAUAAGGUCCUUUGCUGUAUCUCGACAAUUUAUAGUCGGUUUAGUGCGACAUGGCGCGGUAUUUGAGACCACCAAACACUUCUCUUUUCAUCAGGAAUAUCUCUGACGAAAGCAGGCCAGAGGAUUUGCGUCGUGAGUUCGGUCGUUACGGCCCUAUUGUAGACGUCUACAUUCCCGUUGACUUCUAUUCCCGUCGGCCAAGAGGAUUUGCAUACAUUCAGUUCGAGGACGUCCGAGAUGCCGAAGAUGCUCUUCACAACCUGGACCGGAAAUGGGUCUGCGGGCGGCAGAUUGAGAUCCAGUUUGCCCAAGGAGACAGGAAAACCCCGAAUCAGAUGAGGUCCAAAGAAAGGCGGUCUCCUCGCAGCUUCUCUAGAUACGACGAUUAUGAGCGCGACGGCCGUUACCGGCGCUCUCGGAGUCGCAGCUAUGACAGACGUCGCUCUCGCAGCCCGUCGUACGAACGCAGACCUCGCCGCUCCGAUAGUCCCAGAGACUCCCGCUCUUAUGGCAGACACAGACGAAGCAGAAGCCGUGACAAUGACAGGUCAAGGCACGGACGAGAUCACGGUCGAGGGCACCGCGGUGCUCCCUCUCACAGCCGCUCGGGUUCGCGCUCCCCCUCCCCAGACACCAGGAUCAAGAUGAAAAGCAGGAAGUCCCGUUCCGGGUCCCGCUCGCCCUGUCCAGCUGCUGGCGAGGAUGCACCGCAAUCCAGCGGCGCACGAGAGGACGAGGACACCCGUGCCAGAUCGGCUUCCCGCUCCUGCUCGCGCUCAGUUUCACGCUCCCAUUCGCGCUCCCGCUCCAGAUCCUGGGCCGGACGCAAAUCUGGAGGCCAUUAGGACUCUCGGUUGUUUAAUACUGUAACUCGUGCAGCUCUCGGGCAAACUGUAAAACCCAUCCUGUACAGGCCAUUUCUUAUGGGUUUUGGUUAGAUUUCGUUUUUGCCGGUUUGCUUGGGAAAACAUGUGAUUCUUGUCUCCUGUUCAGCAGUAGGUUUCAGGAUCAGUAAAUGUUUGUGGCUGAUAAACACCGCCCUGCAUAAUUAUUAUUAUUAUUAUUAUAAUGUUUCAGUGUUUUUUAUAGCUCAUGGUUUUGUUCCGUUUGGUGAUUUAGCUAAAAGAAGGCUGGUGUUAAACUGGUCACCAAGAAAGCGUCCAGUCUCAGUACAUGCCUUUUGAUCAAAAAGGACGCAGGUUUAUAUGGAAUUUAUUCUUGUAUUUUGUUUAGGCAAUCUAGUUAGCAUAGUAGGGUGUGCAGUAUUUUCAGUAUCUGAUAUGAAUGUCUUUGGUUUGUACAAAUCUCUUUUAAUCUGGCAUAGCUAACCUUUAUCCCCUCAAAUCUCUCUUAGAUGUCUUGUAGAAACUCUUAUCUUCCCUGGAGACUCCACCCCUUUUUUUUUUUAAUGAAAGUUUUCUGGUAAAUGUAUUCCUGAUUUCCAUCCUGUCAUGUUCCUGAGCCUACAGCAAUGUUUUACUCUUUUCAUGUUGGAGACAGAUCAGAGGACAGAGAGAGCUCCUGUAUGUGAAUAAAAAUGUACACUUUGAA